AUGACAUCGGUGCUAGCGCAGGCAGCGGCCAGCCGGCAUGUGCAGCUGGCUGCGACGGCAGUGCUGUCGGGGGCCGUGGUGGCGACGGCACUACUGGGAUACCAGCACCACACGCACGAGGCACGGCUGCGACAGCUGAAGCGAGCGGUGCGACAGCGCGUGGAGGCGGAGGUGGAAGCCGAGGCAGAGACCGAGACCAAGACAGCAGGAGAGGUACCGCUGGACGCGGAAGAAGAGCGGGCGCUGGCGCUGGCACGACGGGCGCAAGCAGGCGACUAUGCAGAGGAGGUGAUCCUGGAGCAGCUGACGCGCAACCAAGCGUUCCUGACGGCGGAGGGUCUGGCGCGCGUGCGUGCAGCAGUGGUGGUGGUGGUAGGCUGCGGCGGCGUGGGCUCGCACUGCGCGGCAGCGCUGGCGCGAUCGGGUGUUGGCCGGCUGCGUCUGGUGGACUUUGACCAGGUAUCGCUGAGCUCGCUGAACCGGCACGCGGUGGCGACGCUGGCGGACGUGGGCCGGGCCAAGGUGCAGGUGCUCGCGCGACGGCUGCAGGCGGUAGCGCCGUGGGUGCAGUUUGACCAGCGGCAGGCCAAGUUUGACGGCGCCUCGGCCGGCGAUCUUCUGGGGGGCUGGCAGGGCGACGCGACGGCGCCGACGUUCAUCAUCGACGCCAUCGACAACAUCGACAGCAAGGUGGAGCUGCUGCGGUACUGCCACGCGCACGGGCUCGCCGUCGUGGCCUCCAUGGGUGCCGGCACCAAGAGCGAUCCGACCAAGGUCGUGGUGGGCGAUCUGGGCGGCAGUGCCGAGGACCGGCUCUCGCGAGCGACUCGGCGACGGCUCAAGCUGCUGGGCAUCACGUCCGGCAUCACGGCCGUCUAUUCGACCGAGCCGGCCGGCGACGGCAAAGCUGCCCUGCUGCCACUGCCCGACGACCAGUACGCCCGGCUCGGCCGCGAUGCCGUGCGUGAGCUCGGCGCCCUGCCCGACUUUCGCGUCCGCAUCUUGCCCGUUCUCGGCACUAUGCCGGCCGUCUUUGGCUACACCCUGGCCAACCACGUCCUGCUGACCGUCGCCCAAUAUCCCUACGAAUACUCGGCCGUCAAGGGCCGCGACAAGCUCUACGACCAGAUCCUCGGUGCCGUGCACGGCGCCGAAGAGCGUCUGAUCCGCGCCCGCGAAGCCCGCCAAAACACCACCACCACCACCACACCCUCUCUCGCUGUCGGCCUUCGCAUUCCUCUCACCCUCGGCGACGUCGCCUUUCUCGUCGAGGACGUCUAUCGUGGCCGCAGCGCCGUCUCCGGCCUUCCCACGCGCACCACCCUCGUCCGCUGGCAGUGGCCGUCCGACGACGACGGCUCGGCCGCCUCUCUCGUCCAUCGUGUCGCUGCCGGCAACCCCAAUGACCCCGAGCAGCGCUCUACUCGCCUCUCGCUCGCCGACCUCGUCUGCAUGACCCGCGAAGAGGCCGCCCGCCAUCACGACCAGAUCCUGCUCGCCGGCCGUCCCCUCGCUGACCUCUACGAUGCCCCUACUCUCGCUCGCAUCGAUGCCCGCCGUCGCGAGGCUGCUGCCUACGAGGAAUACCGCCUGUGA